AUGUCAGUCUCAGAUCAACACCAUCAACAACAAUCGCAGCAUCAAUUUGGACAAGCAGGUGUUGCCUCUGCUCCUUUCCAAAUUACAAGCACUUAUAUUCCUAGUUAUCAAACAGCACAAAUUCCUGCUUCCACCACCUCCUCCUCUUCUUCUUCAGCACCAUCUUACCCAACCAUGCUUCCCUCAUACACUGCGACUCAACAGAGUCCGGCAAAUAACCCAGCUCAUCAACAAACUUAUGGUGCACAAUACCUGCAUUAUCUUCAACAACAACAACAACAGCAGGAGCAACAACAACAACAACAACAAUCUCUCGAACCACUUCCAUCUAUAUUUGUGACACAAAACCAAUCUCGAGUUACACACCAAGUUAACGAAACACUUUAUCCUGCCUACUAUGGUACUGGAAUCAGUACUGGUACCAAUUCUAGUACCAAUGCCGUAUCAACAGUUUCUAAUGCUGCAGCUCCUUCAAUCAAUUCAGGUUCCGGUACCAAUAUCACUUAUUCCGCAGUACCAUCCUAUUCGCCGUAUAUGCAAUUGGGUGAUAAUGGCCAAUACUCAACUACAGCACCAUUACCUUCUUCUUCCUCUUCCACUUCUGCCUCCGCCUCAUCACCAUACUCCUACCAGCAAAUUAAUCCAUAUUCAACCUCCCUAGCACCAGGUUACAAUGCUGUGCACACCCAUUCACAUCAACCACAAAUGCACUCGUCACAACGGUAUCCUGCUAGUCCCGCGUCCAUGUCAGACAAAACAUCAAUCUCGUCAGUAGCUUCAACGGCAUCGAUGCCACCACUUCCACAACCACAUCUUUAUGCUUCAAAUACAACAACAAUGAUGGCUCCACCAAUGCCAUCACAACAACAACAACAACAACAACAACAACACCAUCAAUCGUCGCUAACAUCAUCAACAAAUCUACAAUAUGCACCAUCAGCAAACACAAAGGGGGAGGAAAUUGACUACUCCUCAAUCGUAUCUUACACUAUUUCACCAUCAUUAAAGCGCAAGAGGAGACAAAAGAAGUCGAACUUGGUUACACCUUCUUCUUCUUUAUCCCUAUCAUCAUCAUCAGCGUCGUCAUCAAUCCUCGACCCAUUGAACCGGACAGAAACAUACCCUUGUCCACAAUGUGACAAGGUAUUCCAGAAACCAUACAACUUGAAAUCACACAUGAAAACUCACUCUACUGAAAAGCCAUUCCAAUGCUCCUACUGUCCCAAAACUUUUGCAAGAAGUCACGAUAAAAAGAGACACGAAGUAUUGCACAAAGGUACAAAAAAUUUCAAGUGCGAAGGUUAUUUGCAAGAUGGAAAAACAAGAUGGGGAUGUGGGAAGAGGUUUGCCAGGAGCGAUGCCUUGUCUCGUCACUUUAGGACCGAGACCGGAUGGUUAUGUAUUAGACCACUAAUGGAUGAAGCCAAGAGGUUGGAAGAACAAGGUUUUCCAACAAAUUUGAGCAAGAACCAAAGUAUAAAUUCUAAUGGUGCCGGUGUUGCUGGUCUUCCCAGAUUAGAUGAGUAUGCCAGUGGAUUACUGCAAAUGCACCAGCAUCUGCAACUGUACACCAACCAACAACAACAACAACAACAACAACAAGGAACUAAUAGUGGUGAACAUAAUGAUGAAACUUAUGACAACUCGCAAUUAAUUAGAAAAAUGAUAUAUAACAAGUAG